AUGGUUCUCGGUUCUGUAAAUGGGACUAGUUAUGGCUUCUUCAAAUCGUCCCGCGGUCUUCGCCAAGGAGAUCCCCUCUCCCCCAGUCUCUUCAUCAUUUCUGCGAAAGUCCUCAGUAGGGGUCUCUCCUAUCUCUCUGUCAGGGCUUUCUUCUCACUCUACCAAUCCAUCUCUGGCCAAAAGAUCAACCUUAGCAAGAGUGUCUUCUUCUGUUCAACUAAACUUGUGCCUUCCAGAGUAAAAAAUAUCUCUCAAAUCCUAGGGAUUGGGAGAUCAUCCGGCAACCUCUCCUACCUAGGUGUCCCAAUGCUCAAUGGUAGGAUUAGAUGCAACGCUUUCUCCCCUCUUGUCGAGAAGCUAGCCGCGAGGAUCGGUGGUUGGAAAGCCCGGAUCCUCUCUCAAUCCGGUCGGCUAGCAUUGAUUACUUAUGGUUGUAAAGACGGAAAAUGCAUACUUCAUUGGAAGAAGUGGGCCUUUCUCGCCAGGUCGAAGUCGGAGGGUGGUCUCGGCAUCAAAAGGCUGAAAGAGGUCAUGCGCUGUCUCCAUAUGAAGCUGGCAUGGGGCAUUAAAAUCGACUGGCAAGGGAGCCUUUGGGGUUAUUUCAUGCAUUCAAAAUACUGGCAGCUGCCUAUUGGCCGUGUAUCCAGCAGUUUGUGGCGCAGUAACUGGUCUGGUUUAGGCCCGUUGAUGUCGUCUCACUCCUUAGACAUUCCUGAGUCGUCGGCUGACAGAUUUAUUGCAGAUUUCUUUAACUCUAAUGGGCUGAAACAUGUCACCCCUGUCCCUCUCCCUGACUGGUUACGCGAGAUUAUAGUCCAAGGUGGUUUUUGCACUUCUAAUAGCGAUGAUAAACUCGUUUGGCCUCCUAACCCAGUAGGGAAGUUUUCUGUUUCUUCCACUUAG